AUGACAAGCGAGAAGAUGUCUUCUCGCAUUCUCGCCGAGAUAUCUCGCUCGGAUUUAGCUGAUUUCUCGACCGCCGACGGCAAAAUCACCAACCUUCGACAUGUCACUUCCUACAAUUGGCUCGAAAGGCCAGCACCCACCAUCGCGGUUCCUGGCGUCAAAGGCUCCCCCCCUCUUUGGUCGCCGCCAUCAGUACCCUUCAAGCUGGCUCCGGAUUCAGGAACAAUCUUCAUCGAUCAAAAUGCCGCGCGCAACCCGCGGUUUCCUCUCGAGCCCCUAUUUCGCGCCCUUGCCAUCGAUUGCCCAGAAUUUGCUCUCGGAGACGUCGAUCUCGUCACGGAUAGAAACAACAUCCGCAAGCUCCUCCGAUUCGUGCAAGGAUCCUCCUACGACCCGUUCCAGAUCCAAGUCGACAUUGCCGGCGACCAGACCGCGUUGUUCACGCGCAUGGGAGAGAAGACAAAGGAAACCAUCUCGGGCUUCAGGGGGUACGGGCAUAACUUCGAGAAAGCCUGCACCAAGGCGUCGAGCGGAAGCACCGGCCACCACAGGAUUGUUGGGUAUAACUUCGGCGGCCUCAAGUGUCUUGUGCGGCAUGAGACUGACGGGUACUUCGAUGACAAAAGCCCACGAGGGCCGACCGACGACCUGUCGGACACCUUGGGAGGUCUUUCCAUCUCCAAGUCGGGCACCGAGAUCAAUCCCUCAUCAGGGAUCAUUGUUGAGACCAACGGCAAAGUGGUGGAUUUGUCUUCGACUCUCGAGAUCAAGACCCGCGCGGCUAGCCGCACGCUGGAUAUGGCUGAGGUUUCUCCUCAACUGUGGAUCUCACAGACUCCCAACCUGGUCGCUGCUUAUCACCGCAACGGCACCUUCGACAACGUCCAGCUCCGAGACAUGACUGGGGAACUUCGCCAGUGGGAGAUCAGCAACCAGGGCCAUCUCCGCCAGCUGGCAGGUCUCUUGACAAAGAUCAUCGGAGUGGUGAGACGUAGUGGUGAUCGUAGCGCGUUGGUUCAGUACGACGGCGUAUCGAGACUGAUCAUUUUAGUCGGCAAGGGCACCCGGGCACUGCCCGACGACUUGUACGCAACAUGGGAGCGGAAAAGCAAGGGGGGGGCUGAGCCCACGGACGAUCAGAAGAACGCCGCAAGUGACCCGUCGCGCCCCGGCCAGGACGCAACCCUCCCAACCAUCCCUGACGGCACCUCCUUCUCCGAUAUCAUUGAUCAUGCUCUGCGCAGUGGCCUCCGCCAAUUCUUUCGCCGAAUGCCGACACAGUUGUCUGACUACGACACCCUUUGCGAAGCACUGCAGUCUCGCUCUGUUGAUGUUCUCGCGGGCCGUGGAGUACGGGAUGUGAUGCACGAUCUGAGAGAAGGGAAGAACGACUGGGAUCCCGAAGAACAGAUGGCAAUCAAAGGAUACAAGAACGAGGCGCGGGAUUCGGCUUUUAGGCUCUUGUAUCUGAUCCUGGUCGAAGGGUGGGCUUUGCAGACCCCCAGGGACCGCAACUCUGUCUACAACGCUACGCAGUUUGUGGUCUCGCACCCCGGCAUCUUCAAGCAGCGGACCCGCAAGAUGGUUCGUGCAGCAUUUGAGCAUCACUUCCAUCCCUCGGAUAAUCAGCGGCGAGUGUUGGAUAAAUGGCCCGUUGAAUCGGAGAUAGAGGGUGAGGAUGUGACGACCGAGGAUGAUUCCGACUUUGCCUACAUGUCGGACGACAGCUUCUAG